AUGUCAGACGAUCUGAAACCCCAUACCUCCCACCCACAAGAUAUCGAGACUCCUUCUAGCCACCAGGACGAGCCUGUUGUGCUGGGACGGGUCCGUACUUCGGGAGAACGAGAUGAAUACAUCCACAUUGGCGGGGUCAAGUACCACCGAGACGACUUUGCCCGUGCCUUUGGUGGUACUCUUAACCCUGGUUCUGCACCCGUUCCCACUCGUCAGUUUGGUAACGCUGCUCCUUCUGGACUGUUUGCCUUCUCCAUGACCAUGUUCAUUCUCGGCAUGUGUCUUGUCAAUGCUCGUAAUGUCCAUGCCCCCAAUGUCAUGGUUGGUUGUGCCUUCUUCGGAGGAGGUCUUAUCGAAGUCAUUGCUGGUAUCUGGGAGAUUGUGGCCGAGAACACGUUUGCCGCAACCGUCUUCUUCUGUUUCGGCGCCUUCUGGUUCUCCUGGUCCAUGCUCAACUUCCCCAUUGGUAUCGAGAAGUACUACUCCACUCCAGACGAGUUUGCACAGUCCGUGGGCAUCUUCCUCAUGGGCUGGUUCAUCUUUGCCUUCCUCAUGACGCUGUGCACGUUAAAAGCAACAGUGGCCUUCUUCCUGCUCUUCAUCUCCCUCGACCUGGCCCUCAUCUUCCUGGCUGCAGGCUACUUCCAGAGCAACUCCAAGCUCACCAACGCUGGAGGAGGCUUCUGUAUCUCUACAGGUCUACUUGGAUGCUGGAACGGAUACGCAGGUGUGGCUUCUCCACAGUCCACCUACAAGUGGCUGAUCCCCAAGGCUGUGAUGAUGCCUGGAGCCCACCAGUGA